AGAAAAAAUGGCAGAGGUACAGUAGACGGGCUGAGAGGAGGAGGCGGUGGAGCAAAGCUUCACAGAGGAGUAGGAGGAGACGGAGAAGAAACACCAACAGAGAGAGGACGUGGCGGCGAAAAAGAGGCGCAGCAGAGAGAGGUAGAGGCGAAGGCGGUGAAAAAGUAGCACAAGCUCCCAGCCGACGAAGUAGAGCACACAGAAGUCGGAAAGGAGAGGCGCCGUGCAACGGCGAUGAGCUUUGAGUGGGUCCGUCAAAGAAGUGAAUAGCAGAACUGCAGGGGGGUAUUUACAGAACACCACCUCUUCAAAUAUACCCUUGGAUUCACAGUAAUUGCAAUUCAGUGUCAGAUAACGACCAACUUCGUCCUGUUUCCUUACCUGAUAUUCAUCCAGCCAGUGCAGGAAUUACUGAAGGCUUUUCCAUGUGUGGAGGUGACUUUGUUGAAGUUUAUAGUGAUUCAAGCCAAGUAGGUGUUAUGGCAGGAUUUGGAUAAAUGAUUCCUGACUUCUUACCAACUUAACUUGAGUAGAGAACGAGCUGCUAUAGAUGCUUGAGAGUCUGAACUGAUGGCUUCUAAUCUUACUACAAAUGAAAAUAUGGUCUUGGCACAAGUUUUUCAGUGUACAUAUCCAUAUCAAUCUGAGUGCAUGGGAUGCAGUUGUCACUUGUUUCUUUAUUGACACUGCUCACAAUAUAGUGGAGUACAUCGAAAUAAUUUCACAAAUUUUGAAAGACGGAGGAGUUUGGAUAAAUUUUGGCCCUCUACUUUAUCACUUCGCUGAUAUGUAUGGGCAAGAAGAUGAGAUGUCCAUUGAAUUGAGUUUAGAAGAUGUUAAAAGGGUUGCAUUGCAUUAUGGAUUUGAAUUUGAGAAAGAAACAACCAUAGAGACAACCUACACCACAAAUCCUAGAUCAAUGAUGCAAAACCGUUACUUCGCUGCAUUUUGGACGAUGAGAAAAAAAUCUGGAGUGGCGCAUCAGCAAGUGCCUUGAUAAUUGGAGCAUAAUUUAUGCAUAUAAAGUAUAAUUAAGUUAAACACUUUGUUAGGCUUGUUCUCUUUUUUGAUGGAGUGGAGAGUAUUUUUGUAUUGAUGGAACCUUCGCCACUAAUUUGCCAUCAUUGAAAACUUAUACGCAUUUACUAGAUGUAAAAGUUGCACAUACCCAUAAUGAGUGUUUUUGACAAUAAGAUGCGUGUAGAAUAACAUAUCCAUUGAUACGAUACAAUAUAAUAAAAACAUUUACUUUGGUUUCAA